AGUGUCAAGUUAGAUUGCGGCGUAGAACUGGGCCUGUAUAGGCGGCAGAGAUUCUCAAACCGAGCCGAAUUAGAGAAACAGUGGUGCUAGAGGCUUUAUUUUCUUGUUUAUCGUAUUUGAAUAGUUAUAGGAACACAUUCACACGCACAUUAGGUCCAGCGGAACCGGCAGCAUGUCUGCAACAGGAGAUUUCGGCAACCCGCUCCGUAAAUUCAAGCUGGUGUUUCUGGGAGAACAGAGUGUGGGAAAGACAUCUUUAAUAACCAGAUUUAUGUAUGACAGUUUCGAUAAUACCUACCAGGCCACAAUAGGAAUCGAUUUCUUGUCGAAAACAAUGUAUCUUGAGGACAGAACAAUCAGGCUGCAGCUUUGGGACACAGCAGGACAGGAGCGUUUCCGUAGCCUCAUUCCCAGUUACAUCAGAGACUCUGCUGCUGCUGUUGUAGUUUACGACAUCACAAAUGUCAACUCAUUCCAGCAGACCACCAAAUGGAUCGAUGAUGUCCGAACAGAAAGGGGAAGUGAUGUCAUAAUUAUGCUGGUGGGAAACAAAACAGACCUUGCAGAUAAAAGGCAAGUUUCUAUUGAGGAAGGAGAGAGGAAAGCCAAAGAACUGAAUGUAAUGUUUAUUGAGACUAGCGCUAAAGCCGGAUACAAUGUCAAACAGCUUUUCCGGCGUGUAGCAGCAGCUCUUCCUGGUAUGGAGAGCACACAAGACAAGAGCAGAGAGGACAUGAUCGACAUAAAAUUGGAAAAGCCGCCAGAGCAGCCGGUCAGCGAAGGCGGGUGUUCAUGCUGAGGAUUCAGUCAACAUUUCCGUGCCGUGUCUCAUAUUGUCGCUCAUACAGAUGCUCUUAGUCGCACUCACAGCAUCUCUGGAUAUUCUGCAGAAGCUCCGCCCACCUGGAGGGAGUAGAACACUACUUGCCCGUCACCCUCGUUAUCGCUGACCCACUCAAAUGACUUUAAAUUCAAAAGCACAAUGUGGAUGUGUGUGCUGUUGCUUUUCUAUUAAUUGUUUCCGUUAAUCGUACACCUUUUGUGGUGUUUUUGUUUUUCACUCUCAGAACACUUUAUAAAGUGUUUGUGUUUUUUGUCCAUGUUCCGUUUUAUGUGAAAUAAUAAUUAUAUUACUGUAAUAAUGGCGUGAAUAGGAACAAAGCGAUAUAAAUAAAUGAAAUUACAGAACUGAUGUGAGAAGGAUAUGCAGAUUUGAAUGAACUCGCCAAACAUCGUUCCAGAUGCACGGUGCAGAGAUGGAAUGUUUUUGGAAAUAUCCAAGUCUAGAUUUCAUCAUAUGUGGCUACGAGGCGUUACUUUCUGUGACGCUGCUAAUGUCUCUUCUUCAUAAGGAAGAAAGGAAAGUGUAAAAACAAAUGUUUUUGGAAUUUGGGAGGAACAAGUGCUGCUUUUAGUUCAGUUGACUCUCAAGCAUUGCAUUUUAUUUUUUCCUACUUAGAUGCCAUUUCUUAUUUUGAGCAUUAGAAAGCCAAUAGCUUAGUCAGAGAAAGAGGAAUACAGUUAUUGUAAAGAAAUCUUAUGUAUAUCAAGGGAAGUAUCAGAUCUAGUUUAACAUAAUAUGCAGACAUUGCCUUUGAUGGUUUGUUUUAUUGGGCUUCCACUGGUUUGUUUGGGUUUUUUUUUUUUUUUUUUUAAUAGCGUUGUAAAGUUUGAUUUACUGUAAUAAUGACACUAGAUAUAUUUGUUGAAUCAACCAUGAACCCUAAUAUUUAUUUGUAAUGUCCGUUUUUAAAUAAUUUGUUUUUCAUAAUUUGUAGACCGAGACGUUUAGACCUUCUGGCCCAAAGCACCUGCCAUGUUUGUUUUUUUGUUAAAUGUACAGUGAUAAGUUUGUCCCCAGACUGAUCUAAACGUUUUUAAGAUAGCGUAUUUUCUUGAAACGGUCUCAUACAUUUCAAAUGGAUUUUAACAAGUUUCGUCUGGCGACACUGAUUGACACCGAUGCUCAUUGUUUGCACUGCUAAAAUUGAUCAGCAUUUUGAGACGUCCCUAAUAAAAUCUUGUAUUUAGCAAAA